AUGUGGUCCCAAUUGGGAUCACAAAUAUUUCCCGGAUCGCCGCUGUUCCAAGUUCUUCAAUCGGCUGGUGGUGGCGGCGGCGGCAGUAAUGGUCCGUCGCCGGCCGGCUUGUUCCCUGGAGGGCCGCCAGUGCUGCCAGCACUGAAUCCAUCAUCGCCGACGACGUCGAAUCUCAAUUUUGAACAGAUCACAAAGACAUGCGAGCAGCUCGAAGAAGCCGGCGAUGUCGAUCGUCUCGCGAGAUUCCUCUGGUCGAUUCCGCCACCACAAGCACAAGAGGUGGCUUCGAAUGAAGCGGUUCUCAGAGCUCGCGCGCUCGUCUGCUUCCACAUGGGCAACUUUCGAGAGCUUUAUUCGAUUUUGGAGAACAACAAGUUCGCGCCGAAAAGCCAUCCGAAACUACAGGAGAUGUGGCACGAGGCGCAUUAUCGUGAGCAGGAGAAAAAUCGCGGAAAGCCCCUAUGCGCUGUCGACAAGUAUCGCGUUCGCAAGAAGUUCCCGAUGCCACGAACCAUUUGGGAUGGCGAGCAGAAGACGCAUUGUUUCAAGGAGCGCACACGAAGCCUACUCCGAGAAUGGUACCUCAAAGAUCCGUAUCCGAAUCCGGCGAAGAAGAAGGAGCUCGCGAGUGCGACUGGUUUGACGGCGAUGCAGGUCGGCAAUUGGUUCAAGAAUCGCCGGCAACGAGAUCGAGCAGCGGCGGCGAAGAACAAGCAAAACAUCAUUGGUGUCGAAUUGAAGAAGGUCAACUCGUCCGACAUGUCGGAUUCCGAUGAUGAUUUUGACGAUUCGAUGACCGAUUCGCCGAGUCCCAUCGACGAGCCGAAAGAUUUGUCGAAGACGUCGCCGCCGAGUUUGCCGCUUCUUCGGCCGCCGCCGAUGCCGCUGUUCCCGGCCUUCAAACCGCCGUUCGAUCAGUUCUUCGCCACCAAUCCGCUGCUCAUGUUCAAUCCGGCGUUCUUUCCCAUCGCCAAUCUGUUCAAUGCGGCAAUGAGCGGUGAGAAUCAAGAGUCUGAGAAUCAAGAGGAGCCUGAGAAGAAGCGCUCGAAGUUGUCGAUCGACGAGAUCCUCAACAUCAAAUCCGAGGUGUCCCAUUCGCCGCAAUGCUCGCCAUGCUCGACAAACUCGCCGACCAAGUCCGAGCCACCGAGUGAGCCGAGCAGCUCGCCGUCUCUUCAUCACACUUCAACGGAUCAAGUGAGAUCCGAUGAUCCUCCAGCGUCGCCAAAAUCCACAACAUCCCAAUCCGAAUAG